AUGCAGUCAAGAGCUGCACACAGAGUGGAGGGACUGCAUCUCCUUCAUUUGGUAUUCCUCGUGCUGCUGAUAAGAGGCACAACCACAGCUGGAAUAGCUCAACAGCCCUCGCCACGAUUCUUUUAUGCGGCAACCUCAUCGGCAGCCGUUGCCGCUACCUCAACCGGGGCCGGAGCCGGAGCCGGAGACCAGACCAAGGUGCGUCUGUUGCGUCAAACGGCAGAUGAAAGCGAAUCAAAUUCAGGAUUGACUGCCAGUGUGGCGAAUGAAGAGUCCAGUUGCUGUCAAGGAGCUGAUAUGGUUGAAUCUGUUACGCAUCAGGUAUGGAAUUUAAUGGAGUUCGGUAAUGCAACCUAUGACUAUAGUGAAGUAGAUGGCUCUGGCGAGUCUUCGGGACGGGGUAAGUCGAAACGUUCUGGCAUUCCCAUGGCUAAGGGUGCCAAUUGCUCACCACAACCGACAAUUGUUGAGCUGAAGCCGCCACCGGGUAGUGAUUUUCAUUAUACACCCGCCUGCACACGUAUCAAUCGUUGCAAUGGCUGCUGUAGCUCUGCCCUCAUCUCCUGCCAGCCGACUGUGACGGAAACCGUUGAGAUGCGUGUGAGGAAAAUUGGUGCCGGCAUUAAACCGGGAAUCAUUGUUGUCUCUGUGGAGCAGCAUGUCUCAUGUAAAUGCGAUUGUCGCAUCAAGGCUGAAGAUUGCAAUAAUACGCAAUUGUAUCGCAAGGAUUUAUGUCGCUGCGAAUGCCAGAAUACAGAUGCCAGGGAUAAAUGCCUAAAGCAGACGGAUCACAAAUAUUGGGACGAUGCGAAUUGUACAUGCGGAUGUCGAUUAUAUCAGAGUUGCACAACUGGAACAAUUUUCGAUGAAUCGCAAUGCAAAUGCACUGAUCCUUCGGCAACGGCAACCAGCCAAUUUGUGGAUCGGAAACGUUUCAUUGUCCAGGCUGUGCCCGUGGAGACCGAUAAUAGUACACUGUACAGUGUCUAGGAGAAGUAAUAUGGACCUAACUGUGGAUUGCUAAAGGCACAAAAGGAUAACACUUUUGCAGGAUCCAUCUGCCAUAUCGUACUGAAAACAAACAAACUACUAACACACACACACACACAAAGAAAACAAAACAAA